UCCACCCUGUUCUGGCACUGUUUCCUUUCAAUGUAUGUUUGUCACUCAUUCGUCUAAAUGAAAUGUACGGGAACGGGUGCUGUUUGUGCCUAAAUUUGCAGGCGCUGUGUGACAUAUUCAAUCGGAAGGCUGAUAAAGAAAAUAUCACAGAACCGCAAAAGAAUGACAAACCCCCGACGGAUAACGACUAUGAGUCCAUUGAGGCAACUCAGGAGUGCUACGACGAGGAAGAGAUCUACAAGGCCAUAUGGCCCUUCCAGGCUCGAGCGGAGGAGGAACUGUCCUUCCAGGAGGGAGAGAUGUUCCACAUCUGCGAGCGCUCGGGUGCUUGGUGGAAAGUCGUUAAACUCAACGAAGACGGAACCGUGAAAGCCGAAGGAUACGUUCCUCACAACUACCUGGCGAGAAGUGAGACGGUGAAAGAGCAACCCUGGUAUUUUGGGACGCUGAACCGCUUUGAGACCCAGAAUUUGCUUUUGGCUCCAGGUAAUGGAAUAGGUGCUUUCCUGGUGAGACACAGUGAGAAAGACAAAAUAGGAUGUGUAUUAUCUGUGGUUGUCAGUGACAGGGAAGUGAAACACAUUAGGGUUCAUAAAAAUGAUGAAGGGAAUUUCUAUUUGGAUCAAAGUCGAAUGUUUCCGAGCGUGGAGAAGCUGGUGGACCACUACAGCAAGCAUUCAGUGGAUCAUGCCUUCCAUCUGAAAGAGCCCUGCAUAAAGCCUGAGCCAGAACCACAAGAUCUUUCCCACGAAACGGUAGAUGACUGGGAAUUACCAAAGGACGAGUUUACUCUGGAAGAGCAGCUUGGUAAAGGAUUCUUUGCUGAUGUUUACCGUGGAAAUUGGAAAGGCAUUGUCAAUGUGGCCAUUAAGAUCCUGAAGAAAAAUGAGUGCAUGACUCAGAAGGAAUUCCGAAUGGAGACUGAAAUCUUAAAAAAACUCAGGCACAGACAUCUGAUCACACUGUUCGCUGUUUGUACAAGCUCCGCCCCUUUCUACAUCAUAACGGAGCUUAUGGAAAAAGGCAACCUGCUCAAUUUUCUAAGAGAACAGGAAGGGAGAGACCUUGAGCCCCAGACACUGACAGAAAUGGCGAGUCAGGUGGCUGAUGGGAUGGCGUUCCUUGAGGAACAAAACAGUAUCCACAGAGACCUGGCAGCCCGAAAUGUUUUAGUGGGUCAGAACUACAUUUGUAAAGUGGCUGACUUUGGGUUAGCACGAAUCAUCAAGGAGCCGAUUUACACAUCCGAGGAUAAGAAAAUACCAUAUAAAUGGUGUGCACCUGAAACUAUCAGCCAUGGAAGAUUCUCCAACAAAUCUGAUGUCUGGUCGUUUGGAAUCCUUCUUUAUGAAAUGUUCUCAUAUGGUGGCAUUCCAUAUCCAGGUUACACAAACUGCCAGGUAUUUAAUCUGAUCGGCUCGGGGUACAGAAUGCCUGCACCUGAUAAGUGCCCCUCACACAUUUACGACAUAAUGCUGAUGUGUUGGAAGAUUUCAGCAGAUGAAAGGCCAGAUUUCAGUUAUGUGAAAGACCUUCUCAUGAACAACUGCACAGGACACUUAAAAUGGACAUGCAAUGACAUGUCAGAUCCAGCGGGGGACAGUAGUUAUACAGAGGAUUGCAAUUCUAUUGAAAUGUGCUGAGGAUAGUUUACACUUCUGCAUUUGGUUUAUCCAAAGCAGCUCAAGGAGUUUUGUUUCAGGUACAUUUUAUGUGUUCGUUCGGAGUGAAUUGAGCUCGGUAGAUCCAAGUUGUCGACACUUUAUUUUACAGUAUCAAGAUGUUUAUUUUGUUGUAUGCUUAUUUUCAAAUGUUUUGUAAUAUUAUAUGCAUUUACUUUGAUAAAUCCAAAGCACAAAUUAAAACAGAUGAUAGCAGUCAAUGCUUAUAAAAGUAAAUUUUUAUCACUAUCACAAUGUUUCUUGAACUUCCAGAUAGGAAUACAGUUACAUUUCUCAACGAAUAAGAUGUAAAUGCUUUGUUUUACUUUAAAGAUGUAUGUUCAGUUCAAAAUUGGUGACUAGUCACUUGUUGCAGAUACAUUUUUCAUUUGGCUCAGCUGAGGUUUCAUAAAUGUAUUACUUGUGACAACAGUCUUGUCAAUAAGCUUUGUAAAAUGGACAAAAGGUAAACUGCCCAGUUGAAAAAUGUGGAUGUGCUAGAAACAUUUUGAGGAAGAAAGGGCUGAAACUAUUCUACAAUGUUAACAUAAACCAAAUCAUGAGAUCUAUUCUUCAUAUUUGAAGAGAUUAUUUGCAAAAGCAGAAAAAUCUGUUUUUAAAAAAGUUCAAAAAUCAAGUUGGGUUGUUUUGAUUAAGUAAUCAUAACUUAAAGAAUACAGCCGACUAACACAAUCAAAAACAUGAUAAGAAUAAAAGAUAAACUAAAAAGAAACAAAAAUUAUUAAGGUGAUCCUCACAAAUCAUAAUAAUAACUACUCUGUAUUCCGCUCUGUAAUAUAUUAGAGAAGUAAAACAUUAUUCCUGAACAUAGUGUGUCAGGGCAUGGUGUUUUUAUCACCAGGGCAGUAGGUUUUACAAUCUCUUGCUUCAGUAGUUCUUGCAAUCUUGUAACAUGUCGUCCUUCCAACUUGGCCUUCCAACACACAUCUUCACAUAUAUACCCACUACCAUUGCAAGAAAUCAAUAUGACUUGCACAUCCCAUACACAGCGUCCAUGAUGUGGGUGUGUGGUGAGCAGAAAUAGAGUCAAGAACACUCUGGACUUGCUAGGCCAGAUCUCAUUGGAAAAUAUACAAGUUGUCCAUGAUGGGUGAACCAUCAUGGUCUCUUCUGCAAGUUGAUUGGCUGGAAUUACAUCCCAGCAGGAAUUUUGGCUUCUCUUGUCCUCUGCAAACUGACACCGGAUGAUUCAAACCAAAGAAGAGCCAAAUGUGAUUUGCUAUUAUGGGCUAGACCUCAUCCCGCUCUUGUGUGUGACCUCUUUCUGUUUCUUUGCUUUUAAAUAACGCAUGUGCUUUUAUUAAUUUAUCUGGACUCGUUUUAAAGUAAGGUGCCAUUAGUUUAUGCAUUAGUUGAUGAUGAACUUAUAUGUUUUUAUAGUCAUUAUUUAUCUUUGUUAAUGUUAGUUAAUGCAAACAGAAUUGUUUUUAUAUUAUUUCUAAUUGAAGAGUUUAUUUGCAAAAAUGGAGAACUGUUUUUAGAAAGUUUCAAAAAUCAUGUUUUUAUUGUGUAAGUUUGCUGUAUUAUUACUUAGUCAAAACAACCCAGCUGCAUUUUGAUUGAUUCUUGAAAUGCACAAUAAAAAACAUGAUCUUUGAAAAUUCUGUUGUUUCAAAUUAACUAUUCAGUUAGACUGACCUUACCUGAUCCCAUAUUUUAACAUGUUUAUUCAGUGUACAAUUUGAAAUUGAAUUGGUCGAUGUGAAUGUAAAGGUUUUCAAACCUAAAGUCUCAAUCACUGCUGGUGAACAUC